AUGCAUUGUCAAUCGGUAUAUUCUGCCUUAAUUCCUGUUCUUUUAUUGUUCUCUCUUCUUUUAUCCUUUCUCUCUUUUCUUUUUCUCUUCCUUUUUCUUUGCUUUUUCUUUUUUCUUUUCUUUCUUUUUUUUCUUUCUUUUUCUUUCUUUUUUCUUUUUUCUUUUUCCUUUCUUUUCCUUUCUUUUCUUUUCUUUCUUUCUCCUUUCCUUCUUUUUCCUUUCCUUCUUUUUCCUUUCCUUCUUUUUCCUUUCCUUCUUUUUCCUUUCCUUCUUUUUCCUUUCCUUCUUUUUCCUUUCCUUCUUUUUCUCUCCUCUCUUUCUCUUUUCUUUUCUCUGCUCUGUAUGUAUGCCUCCCUUUCAUCAUCCGAGAUUGCUUUUUUCCGAAAACCAGGUCCCCCUCUCUUUCUUUUUCUCUCUUUCUUUUUCUCUUUUUCUCUUUCUUUUUCUCUUUUUCUCUCUCUUUUUUUCUCUUUUUCUCUCUCUUUUUUUCUCUUUUUCUCUCUUUCUUUUUCUCUUUUUCUCUCUUUCUUUUUCUCUUUUUCUCUCUCUUUUCUCUCUUUCUCUCUUUUCUUUCUCUUUUUCUCUCUUUUUUCUCUCUUUUUCUCUUUUUUCUCUCUUUUCUCUCUCUUUCUCUUUUUCUCUCUUUUCUCUUCUCUUUUCUCUCUUUUCUCUUCUCUUUUCUUUUCUCUUUCUUUCUUUCUCUCUUUUUCUCUUUUCUCUCUUUCUUUUCUCUCUUUCUUUUCUCUCUCUCUCUUUCUUUUUUCUCUCUCUCUUUCUUUUUUUUCUCUCUCUCUCUCUUUCUUUUUUCUCUCUCUCUCUUUCUUUUUUCUCUCUCUCUCUUUUUUUUUUCUCUCUCUCUCUCUUUCUUUUUUCUCUCUCUCUCUCUCUCUUUUUCUCUGCGCGAUGUUGAUUGGUAUUUAA